AUGGGUAUAUUGUUCAUAGAGCAUCUUGGUGGACGUAUUGUGGUUGAAUGUAAGUGUCAUACUCCACUAACCAAUGCGGACGAACUCAUAAGUGCAAACUUUCAGGGUGCUACUGGAUCUGCAAUGUUGUUUAGGAAAGUCGUAAAUAUUUUCUUUAGCGCGCUUGAGCCUCGUAAGAUGACCACAGGCUGGCAUCGUGUUCGUGAUGUCUUCUGUGUGACCUGCCACACGAGGUUGGGCUGGGCCUAUGAGUUUGCUGAGGAAUCGGAUCAACAGUAUAAGGAAGGAAAAGUUAUUCUGGAAAAGGCGCUUAUCAAUAGUUUUCGCGGGGUCCCUGAUUACGAAGAUGGAGAUGACGAACAGUCUGAUGUUCCUGAUUCCCCCUCUGAACGCUUUACUUUCGUGUAA